CCUCUGUCUUAUGAAAAUUUUGAAAAUAUUGGAGUUCCAUCUACAACUAAGAACCCCUUGGUUGGUGUCCUCUCGAAUUCAAAUUCAGGUAGUAUUAUUUCGUUGGAACUGAAGUCAAUUUCACUAUUUUCAAAUGAUGUAUGUUGGGUCAUAUUUGCAAGACACUGGAGAUUUCAUUUUACUAAUGCUAAACUAAUCCCUGACAAGUGUGUACCAAUCUUAAUGUUAAAAAGUUUUAUUCCACUGCAAAGAUUUCAGGAACAUUGCGAUGAGGUAUCUGAACAAACUGUUUCGUGUCCUUUGCUACGAAAACUCCUCGAAAACUAUCAGUUUCCUUCAAAACUAAUCAGUUUUGAAGAAAAAAGUAAUCGGAACCUCCGACUGCUGCUUGGUUGGAAGUAUUCAGCCUGGUUACGAUGUAUACCAUGUGAUGACCAUUUCACUUCUAAAUAUUAUGAUUGUGGUUGUGACGAUGACGAGAAAACCUUUAAAUCUCUGGAUUUAAAAACAUUUCAACAGACAACUAUCAACCAUAAUUCGCAAAUUUCAUCCGUUUUAUUUUUCACUCCACUGGAAAUUUUAAUAACUGGUGAUAUGUGCGGAACAAUAAAGACAUGGAACAUAGAUCAAGUUCAGCUGGCAGUAUUUCAUAGUCACUUGAAUGAAAUAAUUCAUUUUUCCACUCACAGAUGGGAUUUAAUAAGGCCACACGCAUCUCACUAUAUAUCACCGAGUUUUAUUUCAAUAAGCAGGGAUGGGACGAUGAAGUGUUGGCAGUUUUGGCAAUCACAGUGCAUUAAUCCAGGAAGCAACGAAUUAAUUUCUGAUGAUGUGCAGACAAACGGGACUGUCAGAGAUGUUCAGACGAACAGCAUGAUGGAAGUGGAUUCCAGACAAGCACUUAUGAAUUUAUAUUCAAGCAUUUUGUCAGAAAACAAAAAUUCAUCAAAGUAUAUUCAUGAGGUCUAUGGCGUAUGUGUGAUACAACACACGGGCAAUAUUGUUCUCAUAGGAGUUAAGACAGGAGAUGACUGGAAAUCAGAAGGUCAAACAGAGUACUAUUUGGAACACUGGACAUUAUCUGAACCAUGCUCGCCAUUAGCAGAGUUUCCGCAAACAGUCAGACAUAUUUCAUUUGUUCAGCUGGAUGAAGUAUACAAUGUAGAUAAUUUAGAAUUGCAACAGCCGGCUGACUGCAACCAAGUUGAAAAAGCUGAUGCAAUUAACAUAGCAGUUGUUGUGUGUGAUGGAAAGCCAGGAAGCAUACAUUUAAUCUCUACACCAACUGGAUAUAUCAUAACAACAGCCGUAUGUGAAGACUCAGCGGAAGAUGCCGUAUGGCAUUGGAUGUUGGAAAAAUUAUUCGUCUUACAAAGUAAUGGAACUAUUGCUGUAUUUUCUACAUGCAGUCGACCGUGUAGUUUACUUUAUGUCUGGAAGUCAGCCGAAGACAGUGCACUUUAUUCUGGGCCACUACUACUUUAUCCAGUACAUUGUCCAGACUACUUUAAGACAUUUUUAGAAAACGAAGACUCAAACGACUUACAGCCUCAAGUCAUCUUGCUGUUUCUAGUUGGGACAUCAAACGGUUCAUUAGCGAUACUGUGCCCUGAAGAGGGCAAGAUACUGAGUAAAAUUUCAACACACUUAUCUACUAAAACUUUAGAUAACCCACCAGAUUCCAGCAGCAGUUCACCACUUUCCUCAAUUAAAUCAAAUCCAAAAACUGGAAGACUGUACACUGUAACAGUUGAUGGGACAAUUAAAGUUUGGCAACUGAUCAGACCCUUACCAAUUAUUGUUCAGAAGAGAAAAAUAGAAGAUUCCGACUAUGAUAACGCAAAUCUGCGCAUACACUUCAAACACUUCCCAUUUAAAAUUGUUAACAACACAGACAUUUAUUGUGUUUAUACUGCUGGGGACCAUUCAAACACUGGAAGAUCUGAAUUCCUUUCGGAUGUCUCUUAUUGUCAUGCUAUAUGUGCUGAAGUCAGUGACACCUGGGACAACUAUUCUGUUUUCAGCCUCAAAACAACACGUCGUUUAAACCAAGCCUACUAUAAUCAUCUUGAUACGACACUUUUGAAAGAUCUUUGUUUUGGACUAACUAUCAGGAGUUCGCUCAAUACAUACUUUGAGAAAUCACCUAUCAUUGAACAAAUAUUUUUAACAAUAUCUGUUGAUCCCAUCGAUCAGGAAAGUCUCUAUCUAAAAAUAUGGCGGGCAGUAUUAGAAAGUGUAAGGAAUAACAGUAAUCAAAAUUAUAAAAAAGCUUUGUUAGCAAGUACAAUAACGCCAUUUGCAACAGAAAAUACUUCCGUCAAUGGUAUAAAAUGUAAUAUACAACUGGUGAAUACACUAAAACUACCAUUUACCACAGGCUCUAGAGCACCUCAAACUACCUGCAGAGUCCUCAGUGUUCAAAACAGUGGUGAUAUUUUGUUAACAAUAAAUAAUUUAAUGUAUUUUUUCCGCUACACAGCGUUAAUAAACAAAAGCCUUUUCAUUAGACGGAAUUUAUUAAACUCAACAAACCAGAGUUUAGGAAAUAAAGUGACACCUCUUAAAAUGAAAAAUGUAAUAAGAAGCAGAGAGUGGAAUAAAGAUGAACUGAAAAAAAUGAAUGGGACAUAUUUAUCUUUGAUUUGUAACAUUCGUGUUACAGCAGACUUUCCAUCUGAUGAAAACAAAGCAAGUGAAAAAAAUGAAAUCUUAUCCAAACUAAAAGAAAGGGAUAGUGAUCUAGAUAAAAUAUUGAGAAAGAAGUCUGUAGAGCAUCGGAUAAAACCUUCUCAUAAUACCUAUAUUACUUCUCAACAAGGCCAACAAAUUGCUUUUAAUAAUUAUUAUGAAAAAAUACUGUCAAAACACAGUCUGAGUGUACCGCCAAAUUCAAAAGAGUUAGAUCCUGAUGAUGACGAGGAAAUUGUUUUACUAAAAGAACAACUAAUGACCACUGAACAAACUCAUUUACAAAUUAAAUGUGAAGCAGCAGUCAAAAACAAACCAACAAAUGUGAAGUGUAAGCACACCAAGCAGUCUAAAGUUGCUAGAAAAAGACAAGCAUCUCCUGACUUAAACUCAAAUCAAUACUUAGAAAAACUUCCUGAUACUAUUAAGUUAACCAGCCCGACAGCCAAUAGUGAUAUUUGUAUUUUGCCAAUACAAAGACCGAAUGGAUUCUUCCCUAAGACUGUUCUUCGUGAAAGUGGUCGUUCCAAAUACGGCUGGGCGCCCAAUUCCUUACUCCUCGGCAAGUAUUGUUCAAAACUGAGUCAGUCAGAGACAUAUGAUACUAAGAAAACAGCUAAAGUCAACUGGGAGGAAAUUGAAGCUCGAUUAGCUAAUUCAGGCUUCAUUAACAAAAUGGAAAAAGACACAUUGGAAGACACAAUAACUUCUGACUUCAGUACAGGUUGGAUAGUGGAAUCUGAUAAGGAACUAACUAUGACUAGUAAAGAAUUGAGUGAGGUUGAUGAAAUGGAUAAGAAUAUGGAAGAAAAAUUACUUGCAAGUAAGUUCUUGCAAAAAAGUAGUUCAGAUCAACACAUCAGCCUAUUGGAUUUACAAGAUCAGAUGAAUAGCGAACUAGAACAAAUUCAACCUGCCGAUGCUGAGAAAAUACUGCCAUCUUCGGAUAAAUGGAAAGUAAUAACUAAAAAUGAACUUAAACAAGCAGAACAGUCUAGGCAAAAGGAAAAGGAUUUACUAUCGAAUUUAAUUGACAGACCACCACUUCACCGUCCACAAUACGAACGAGAAAACACUGUCUUUUUAACUGAAUUUAGAAAUUCAGUUUCUCCGGACACAUUUUCUGCAUUCAUACUACCCGUCUUUUUGCAUAGGUUCAAGACUUCUAGAUGGUUACCUGCUUUAGGUUUGCUAAAUAAUCACAGACCAGAAGGAUGGAUGGAUUUCAAUGCAAGCUCUCAUCCUAUUUGUUUCAUUCAGUGGAUGCUAUGGACAAAUAUUUUACCCAGUAUAUGUUCCCAAAAAGUCCCACCUUGUAUGGAAGAUGAAGAUCCAUAUCUAUGCCAGACUAUUUCAGAAUUAUGUUACGAUAUGGAACUGCUGCAUACAGAUUUUCAGUUACCUGAAGAAUGUAUUAAUGAAUUGCGUCUGUGCCUAACAAAGUGUAUUGUUUAUAAUUUAGAAAAUAACGAUGAAUUUAGAGGAUGGAAAAUGCUGGAAGCAAUUAGUAAGACCUUAGUUGCUUUCGGUUUUCAUGAUAUUGACACUGUAGUUAUUUUACUAUUGUUAUAUGUGAAAGUACUGUUAACCACUGAAAAAGGUGACACACAUUAUCCUCAAGAAAUCACUAACAAUAAUUUGCUAUUAUAUAUACAUACUUCCCUUCAGUCGGCUGGAUUUAAAAGCAAAUAUUAUAAUUAUCUUGAAGAGGAACUGAGUCUACUGAAUAAAUUGGAUAAAUGUACAAAACCCAUCAUAUCGGGAAAAAUUCUCCACAUAAGUGACUGCAUCCACUUAGUCAGCAAUACUGAUGCGUUGAGUUAUUGGAUUAAAGUCUAUAGAAUAUUAUAUUUCUGGCUCGAAAACUGGUAUGAAAUAAGUGAUGGAAAUUUACUAAAGGAUAAGUCGCCCAGAUAUGCAAAGCAGACAAAAAGUAUAUUACUUACAACAGUGCCAUCUAGAACGGUUAAAAAAGGUGUGCGAUGGACCAAAAGCGAUAGUGACAACAAUGAGAAUCCCAUUUUGAAAGACGGUAUAAAGGCUUUAAACGCGUUCAUUGACUGGUGUCAUCAGCAAAAAUUAUCUGAAUUACGUGAACAGGCCAAAGAACAAGCAAUAAAAAGUACUACAAUAAAACCAGAAACUAAUAGUGUUUCAAAGCAACGAAUUCAAACACUGCAAGACGGUGAAGAAUCUGGAAAGCACAAAAUGGUUAUGCUUUUACCUCCAUUAAGUGAAGUAGAUCGCUGUGUUGUACGCUUAGGUGAAUCACAUGUGGUCGAAAGGCGUAAAUAUCGCAGGAUGAAGAAUAUUCUACAACCAUGGAUAAAAACUGCAGAGCAAAGCAGUUAUCAAAAUAUUAUGUCAGUAAGUCAGAGUCUACGUGACCCAACGCAACCAUCCUACGCCCAACCAUGGAGAUCAUAUAAAAAUGCAUUAACAGGUCAUUUCCCACCAAAAAUACACAUAAAACCAACAGAAUGUAAUUUACUACCGUUUAAUAAAUAUCAAUCCUUUAAAGAAAAGUUGGAACACAAACUCAAGGAGAUUGAAACUCUCAGAGUAAAAUUAACCAAUAUGAAAAAGCGAAACUGCUUCAAGAAAAGUAUACCUUACACUGUCUGCAAUAUGGACAAUGAAGAUUUACAAAAUUACCAAAGAUUUUUGACCGCAUCGAUUCACGACGAAGAGAAAGAAUUAAAUACAGUAGUCCAAUUGUUUAUUCCAAUACUAUCACGUCUCCUACCAAUACCCAUGAAACAAUUCAGUCUACCAGUUAUUCAUUUAUCACAUACAAACUUCAAAUCACUAGUGAGCAAAGCACAGUAUCUAACAAAUUAUGAGCAAGAAAACCAAGGCGACCAACAUCAGGACUUCGAUACAAAUUCAGCAUACCUGUCAGGUGACUUAUCCGCUGGACUUAUGUCUGCAACAUGACAGGAAGAGUGAUAAAAAUAGGAGCCUUCACUUUCUCAGAAAUUUCAAAAAUGUGAUAGAAUUUUAUUUAAAACGAUGUUUUCAAGGUAUGGUAUUUUGGCACCUGUUUUUUAAUUUAGAAAUCAAUAAAUUAUUAAGUCAAACUUCAUUUCUUUCAUCAGACUAAUAUACAAGUUCAGAC